CAAAUAAACAUUAUGGUCACAGCUACAGCACCAACCAGUGACCGACUUAGACAAGCGGAAGAACUUUCCAAGGGAAACAACCUUGACCAGUCCAUUGCUUUAUACAAGUCCAUCCUUGCUGAGAAAGUAAAUACUGAAGAUGUCCUGAGAGAACAGGAAGUGGCACUCAUUCGCCUGGGUGAAGUCUACCGAGAUCUCAAAUUGCCUCAGGAAUUGGCCAGUUUGAUUAGAUCAUCACGCCCCUUUAUGUCAUCUAUUGCAAAGGCAAAGACGGCUAAACUUAUUCGUACACUGGUCGACUUCUUUGGUGAUAUUAAGAACUGCUUGCCUCUUCAGAUCGAGGUGUGCAAAGAGAGUAUCGACUGGUGUGUUAAGGAGAAGCGUAUAUUUUUGAAGCAGUCUUUAGAAACUCGACUUGUCGCUCUCUAUCUUGACAACAAAAUGUACCACGAGUCCUUGAGUUUGACCGCACAGCUUCUUAAAGAAUUGAAGAGACUGGAUGAUAAGAUGGUCUUAGUGGAGGUCCAAUUGUUGGAGAGCCGCGUAUGCCAUGCCCUACGAAACUUCCCCAAGGCCAGAGCUGCUCUUACUUCUGCUCGUACUUCAGCCAAUGCUAUUUAUUGCCCACCCUUGUUGCAGGCUGCUUUGGAUAUGCAGUCUGGUAUUCUUCAUGCAGAAGAAAAGGAUUACAAGACCGCCUAUUCUUAUUUCUUUGAGACAUUUGAAGGAUAUUCUAGCCAGGAUGAUCCCAAGGCUGUACUCGCAUUGAAGUACAUGUUGCUUUGCAAAAUCAUGUUAAACUUGACUGAGGAUGUACAUUCCAUUAUUGGUGGAAAGGUUGCUCUUCGUUACGCUGGUUCGGAAAUUGAGGCUAUGAAGGCUGUUGCCAAUGCCCAUCAAAACAGAAACCUCCAGGAAUUUGAAACUGCAUUGGCCACAUACACCGAAGAAUUGAAUAACGAUCCUAUCAUUCGCUCUCAGUUGGCUGCUUUGUACGAUACUCUCUUGGAGCAGAACCUUGUACGCAUCAUUGAACCCUUUUCCCGUGUUGAGAUUUCCCACAUCGCAGACAUGGUUAAGCUGCCUACACAACAAGUAGAAGCAAAAUUGUCCCAAAUGAUUUUGGAUAAGGCAUUCCACGGUAUUCUUGAUCAAGGUGCAGGCUGUUUGAUUAUCUUUGAUGAACCUGAAGAAGACAAAACCUAUGAAUCUGCUAUCGAGACUCUCAAGCAAGUUGACAAGGUUGUAUCGAGUCUGUACCAAAAGGCCUCCAACUUGUCAUAAGCAAUAUUGUAUAUGGACAUGUGUAUAAAAGAAAUUCACAUAAAGAAAUAAAUAUAAUGAGAGAUGGAAAUUGAACUAAGAAAAUAAAUCGCCUUUAAAGAGAGAAGGACCACCAAGAAUUGUAAUUGUUGGUAUUUUCAUCUGGAAAUUCGUUAUUUUUGGAGUGAAAUAAUUUACGCUUCAUUUGUGAAAACUAAGGGGGGAAAUGCAAAAGUAAAAUAAUAUUCUUGGCGUCCUAUAAAUUCCAGUACAAGUUUAUUGUUGAGCGCACUGUACACCAGGUCCUCCUCUCUGAUCUUCAUAUUCAUCGUCAUGAUCUUGAUUGCGAGAAGUCUGGUAAGCUUCAGCGUCUUGCAUAACUACAUCGUCAACAUGUUUAUCUCCGGUCGAUGGAAGAGGGGGUCGUGGGGGUAGAAUAGUCUCGAGUUUAGCAAUAUUCUCUGGAUCCGUCCAGUGUGGGGGUGGGAAAUCGAUAUUGAACUUGACAAAGAGGUGUCCGGUGUUGUGAUGUCUAUAGACGGGCAUGCCUUCGUUUGGAAUUACUUUUAUCAUUCCUGUCUUGAGAGCUUCUCCUUGUGCAACAGUGACCUUGAGCGCGCGGUUGUCGAGAUGAGGGAUGAUAAACUCGCCGCCAGCUAGAGCUGUCAAGAGAUCGAUCUUUGCUUCAUAGAAAAGAUCAUCACCCUUACGUUGGAAAACUGGAUGUGGCUUUUCG